AUGUGUACACAUACGCAACACACCCGCACAUACAACAAAACAAUAACCAGUGUCGUCAACGACCUCCACACACUCAACCUCGCCAAGAACAACAGGCGAACGAUGGGCAUCCUCAGCUCCAUCCUCAGGGUCCUCCCUGGGUUCGUGACCACUCCUCCCAAACCUAAUACAACUCCUACUCCGCUCCUUCAAGUCACAGACACAGACGCGACUGCGACCACUUCACACGCUGCUGCUUCUACUUCUGCUGCUGCCAACGACACAACAACCAGUGCUUCCAGCGCGUCUUCCUCUUCCACAAGUGGACAAGAGAUGACUGACUACAACAUGGAGGCUGCCACAACUGCGGCAACAAGAACAGCCGAUGCUGGCAUGUCGCUCGCCCGCAUUGUUUCGCCAUUCGUUCACAAGACCCCACAUUCAACCACCGCCAAGACCAUGCACUCUACCCAUCUUGCCUCACAACAAGACGGAACCACUUCUAAGGUCUUGACAACAGUCGUCGCAGUGUCAGGAGGCCUGCCCAGCAACAAGCGGCAGGAGAGCGACUUGACGACCCCUAAUAUCGAGUCCACGGUCCUUUCGAUGGAUUUGGAUAAGGACUCGCGAACCACCACCACGAACAGUCACGAGGGCGGUGCCAAGAAUACAUCCAUCACUACCGAGAAUGGCGUCAUGAUGGUCUACAACACCAACAACAAUAAGACUGCUCCAUCGAGCGAAAAGGAGGAGGCGAAGUACCCCUUGGUCCAGAAUCGCAUGUUUGACGUCCCCGAGAUCAUCCGGUCAGUGGCCGAGUUCCUAGACAAGCCUUCGCUGGCAAAGUGCUGUCGAGUUUCGAAAUUCUGGUCGACCCACUGUACGCCUCUUCUCUGGCGCCACAUUGUCGACAAGCAUUGGCGGUUCGGUCGGUUCUGCUCUUCGAUUCAAUCCCAGUCGCACUACAUUCGGUCGAUCAAAUGCGAGGACUGGACCGACUAUGAGGAGAUGCUGCUCUGUCAGUUCCCUCGACUCAAAGGGAUCGCCUUUCAUGGGAGCAAGGAGUCGAUGGCAGUUCGGGAAAAGAUCCUGGCAAAGGUCUCCAAUACGCUCAUGUCUCUGGUCCUCAGCUCGGUCGCUUCGGAAUUGUCUGCUGACAGUUCCAAGGCUAUCCAGAUCAUGCAUCAGCUCACGACCCUCAAGAUCAUCAACAUGACGGUCAACCAACAUCACCUCGCUGAUAUCUUGCGCCAAUGCGAGAACCUCGACUUUUUGUCCCUCUCGCGCGUCCAUCUGGAUAACAGCGCCGCCAUGCCGGCUCAUGGCGCAGUCGUUGGCGGAGAAUCAGGGCCAGGACUGGUGGUGGCAAGGAAGCCUGACCUCGAGGUUGUCCCUACGCGGAUCAAAUACCUGGCGAUGAAAGAGGUCACCGUCUCAGCAGAGUAUCUUACAGGAAUGAUCAGGAACUGUCCCAACUUGCUGGAGCUUUCCUUUGCCCGGAACGAGACCCUGGUGAUCACGUCAGAGAUGAUUCGGGUUAUGCAGAAGAGCUGUCCACGACUGUAUGCGAUCGACAUUGGGUCCUGCAAGCAGCUCGAGCGGGAAACAUUCACGCCACUUUUCACGACCUUGACCCAGAUGACGAUCCUCAACCUGUCGGGCACACGAGUUGGAGACGAAGACCUGUUGAUUCUGGCGCAAAAGUGCAGGAGCCUUAUCCGACUCGAUAUCCAGUACUGCACACAGAUCUCGUCCAAGGGCCUGCACCGGUUCUUGUCACGCUGCAGCUCUACGUUGCGACAUUUGGAGGCUUCAGGAGUGACGAUCGAGCCAGAGUCGUUUGAUGGUCGGGCUUGGACGUGUUCGAAUCUGGAGAUAAUGUUUGUACACGUUGGACUGAUUGGAUCUUAUGAGCCCUAUAUCCCGUCGACGGCGAAGGCUCGUGCUGCAGAGGCGGGGACAAACGAGCAACAGUCACAGGAAGAUAUCGAGAGCAAGAAGCGGUCAUUGCCGAUCGAGGUUGUCAACAAGGUCGACACUCCUGUCUCUCUUCUUACCAGGAUGCUGACCGGUGUUACCACUGCCACCAUGUCUGUAUCCACACCCACAUCUACAUCUACAUCCACAUCCACAUCCACGACUACCGCUACGAGCACUGCAACGUCAACGGACCAUCAUGGUCAGCGACACUGCAGGACAGCCGGUAGUAACAGCAGCGCAAGCGCCAACAUCCAUACCAGCGCAAGUACUGGCUGCAGUAUCAGCCCCUCCAACAUCAAAUCAUCAAAAGAAGCCGGAAUUGGAUCCAGAUCUGCAACAAAGUCAUCUGUUUCUCGACCAGGACGAGAACAAGACGGGGAUGUCGACAUGAAACACGCCCUUCACCCAAUCCAGGAUGUCAGCAACGUCCAGUACCUUGGACUGAUGGGAUGUGGACCCAAACUGAACCGCCACACGCCUUGUCCGCUGUUGAGCGGGUUCCGAACGAUCAAGCGACUGCAUGUACUUGGCCUGUACCAGUCGUUCAAGCAAGAGGAUCUGGAGUGGUUGGUCGAGAGCUUGCCAGAGCUUUGUCGGAUCGAUGCUGAAAAGUAUAACAUUUCGGACGAGAUCUUGGGAUGGUUCCAUUCUACCUACCCUCAUGUGCGGAUCUAUCGCCAGGAAUGA